GCAUGAACAGGUAGAGUGGAGCUGCUAACGCUACAGGCUAAAUUUGCUUUAUAGCCUUUAAGAGCCUCUAAAAGAGCGCUUAACUGCGCCAACUGCAUUGCAGAUCACUGAAUACGGGGGAGAUUGGACAGAGCAGGACGUCAUCACAGCUGGACAAUUUCAGCCCAAAUCCAGGAUCAUCCCAUAGGAAUGCACCUACUGGACAGGCUGGACUUUGAGCUUAAUCUAUCUGGCUAAAUCCUGAACCCCAGGCCCGGAUGGAGGGGGUGCGGUGGGCUUUCCGCUUCGGCGCCUGGUCCCCGUCCCGCUCCGAGUGGCUGUUGGCCGCUCGCUGCGUCCAGCAGGAGGAGAAGCAGCGGAUCGGACAGUUUGUGUUCACCAAAGACGCCAAAGCAGCGAUGGCGGGGCGUCUGCUGAUGAGGAGGCUGGUGUGUGAGAAGGUGUGUUUGCCGUGGGACGGUUUCCGUCUGGACCGCACGGCUCGAGGGAAACCCUGCCUGGCUGAGCCUUCACCUGGACCAGGCUCCGCCCACUGGAGCUUCAACGUGUCCCACCAGGGAGAUUACGCCGUGCUGGCGGCCGAGCCGGGGCGGCAGGUGGGCGUGGACGUGAUGAAGACCAGCAGACCAGGAAGCAGCUCGGUGCAGGAAUUUUUCCGGAUCAUGACCCGGCAGUUCACGGAGCUGGAGUGGAGGACGAUACGGUCGGCCGGAUCCGACUGGGACCAACUGCACAUGUUCUACAGGCACUGGGCCCUGAAAGAGAGCUUCAUCAAGGCGAUCGGUUCAGGACUGGGCUUCGACCUCCAGAGGGUGGAGUUUCACAUCUCACCCAAUCAGCUGCAGGAGGGGCGGGUCUACUGCCAGACCAGGAUGCACCUGGACGAGGAGGAGGAGGACAGCUGGACGUUUGAGGAGUGUUUACUGGAUAAGCAUCAUCACGUUGCUGUGGCCCUGGGAAAGCCAGAGGGUUCCUCCUCUAACGAUGCCGAGGCGACGCCCCCUACAUUCACCCUGCUAAGUUUCAGUGAGCUGGUCUCAGGAGCAACGCCCCUUACAGACGAAGACCCCGCCUACUGGGAGAGCUUUCAGAGCAAGCAGGAAGCGCCUGUCCGUCAAAGUGAAACACAGUGACCCCUCCGCACCAGCAGGGUCACCGGAGAGUCACACAGCUACGCUUGGAGUCUGAUUUAAAGAUAGUUUGGCCAAAUCCUCCCCAGUUUCCCCACAACCAAGACUGUGCCUGAAAUUCGGUUUUACCACUGGCGCUAACAAGCUUAUAGCCGAUUAGCACGGGGCUAACUGAGUGACAUCACACACUCGCCAACAAACUGUGUCACGCUGUUAAAGGAGCCAAAUGUAAUGAAGCUUAAGAUUUACACAUCUUCUGAUUUUCUGGUUUAAAGGAAAUCCCCCUUCUGAUUAUGUAAUUCGAAGGUGGGAUGAACUGUUGAGGAACUGUAAGAACUUUGGGAUGGAUUUUUGAGGGCGAGCAGUUUAAAAUGUCUUGCCUUCCAGUGUACUCCACCAGCAGUGAGCUGCUCAAGCCUUGGGUUCACUUCACGACUUUUAAAGUCCUAACAGAUCAUAAACAGACUGGUCACCUCACAUUAUCCAGCUGGUUUCUCCAGGUUUUUGGGUAUUGAAAUAUUGGAGGUCACACGCUGAACGGCUUUAAAAUUGUUGCUGAACCAAACAGAGCUCAGAUGAACUCAUGUUAGUAGGAGACGCAAACAAACCUGGAGCUGCUGUAGGUAAACGUGUUUAAGUGAGGAUCCGUGAGGAUGGAUUUAAAAAUGUGAUCAGUUUGGUAUUUUGAGAGUUUUAGAUGUAAAUAAACUCGAUUUUACCUUAAACUCAGCUCAUUAAAAAGCUUCUCUCCACACGUGAGAGCCUUUUCA